AUGGGAAGGGUAAGGAUCAACAUUAGGAGAUUGGAGACCAGUAGUAACCGCCAAGUCACUUAUUGCAAAAAAAGGUCCGGAAUCUUGAAGAAAGCUAAGGAGAUUUCAGUGUUAUGUGAUAUCGACAUUCUCCUUCUUAUGUUUUCUCCGACUGGAAAACCAACGCUAUUUCAAGGAGAACGAAGCAAUUUUGAUGAAAUAAUUGCAAAAUUUGCUCAAUUGACUCCUCAAGAAAGGGCAAAAAGGAAGUUGGAGAGCCUUGAAACACUGAGGAAAACUUUUAAGAAGCUUGAUCAGGAUGUAGGUGUGCAAGAGUUUCUAGAUGCUAGUGAUCCAUCAGUUGAGGAAUUGAACAACCAAGUGAAAGUCUUGCAAUCUCGGCUUACUGAUGUAGAAAAGAGACUCAGGUAUAGCUGUGCAUUCCUUUGUUUUUCCUUUUUCAUUUUUGGUGUUCAAAUGUUGCCAUAAAUUGACCUCUUUAUCAACUGCGAAAAUAAAUUGAGUAAUCGUAAUUUGCAUUUGCUUUUUGAAUGUAUCUGAAGAAACUUUUGAGGAAUAUCUAGUCACUUUUCUUGUUUGGACACUUUUGUUGGACAUCUAUACGCAAUCAAUAGCAUUCUGCUUGAUUGUAGGCCCAAUUAAUACCAUCUUGUGUGAUUAUAGGCCCAUCAGUUGCUUUAAUUUUAAUCCACAUAUGCUGCUUCAGUGAUUGAGUUAAUAUGCAGUUGGAACUAGAUCAUAUGGGCUAAAUGACUAAUGUCAUCAUUCAUCUUUUAUUGACCUAACUCCUCUGCAUGGUUGUAGCUGGUAGAGUAAUUCUGAUAAGAUAAAUAAGGUGGAACAUCUUACACAGAUGGAGUGUGAACUAAGGGAGUCACUUAAUGCAGUUCAUGUACGGAAGCAAGGGAACUGUUCGCGUGAUUGAACUGCCGAGAUGUAGCAAAACUUGUGUUUUCUUGUGGCUAAAAGAACUCUUCAUUAGGGAAUGAGGUUAUAUUUACAGGUUCAGUUGCUGUUCGUAGAUAAUUAUGUUCAAAUGGUUAUAGGUGUUGUGCUCUGAUCUGUAUAAUUAGAAUAAGAGCUUGCUCAUAUAUUAGAUUUGAGACCAAGACUUAUUUCA